GCAGAUCCCGUAAGACGGGAGGCUGCGGAGUCGCUGCAGUCCCCGCCGCCGCCACAUUCAACAGGCAGCAGCGCCGCUGUCGCGCGGCCGCGGGGAGCUAGAGCGGCCCGCGGCGUCCUCCCGUCUGCUUUAGCGUCCGCGGCCCUGUCAGCAAAGCAGGAACGUGGUGCCCGAGCUGCCGGGCUCCGCGGCCUGGUCCGUGCACCGUCCAAGGCACGAACUCGGAGGAUCCUAGCCACCGGUGACCCAGCGAAGUUAAGUUCUGGGCGCGUCCGUCCGCUGCGCCGCGCCUGGUUCCCGGCGUGCGUCCGCCGUCUCCGCGGCCCCCAAUCUCGUAGCGACAGUCGGGUCGCCCGCUCCGCGCCCCCGGUGGCCGCGUCUCCCGGUACUCUCUGCUGGUGGGGGAGGGGCAGGGGGCACCAUGGCCGAAGCGCCCCAGGUGGUGGAGACCGACCCGGACUUCGAGCCGCUGCCGCGGCAGCGCUCCUGCACCUGGCCGCUGCCCAGGCCGGAGUUUAACCAGUCCAACUCGACCACCUCCAGCCCGGCGCCGUCGGGCGGCACGGCCGCCAACCCCGACGCCACGGCGAGCCUGGCCUCGGCGUCCGCUGUCAGUACUGACUUUAUGAGCAACCUGAGCCUGCUGGAGGAGAGUGAGGACUUCGCACGGGCGCCGGGCUGCGUGGCCGUGGCGGCCGCAGCUGCCGCCGGCAGGGGCCUGUGCGGGGACUUCCAGGGCCCCGAGGCGGGCUGCGUGCACCCUGCGCCGCCGCAGCCCCCACCGACCGGGCCGCUGUCGCAGCCCCCACCGGUGCCUCCCGCCGCCGCGGGGCCACUCGCGGGACAGCCGCGCAAGACCAGUUCGUCGCGCCGCAACGCGUGGGGCAACCUGUCGUACGCCGACCUCAUCACCAAGGCCAUCGAGAGCUCUGCCGAGAAGAGGCUCACCCUGUCGCAGAUCUACGAGUGGAUGGUGAAGAGCGUGCCCUACUUCAAGGAUAAGGGCGACAGCAACAGCUCGGCGGGCUGGAAGAAUUCAAUUCGCCACAAUCUGUCCCUACACAGCAAGUUUAUUCGCGUUCAGAAUGAAGGCACUGGAAAAAGUUCUUGGUGGAUGCUCAAUCCAGAGGGAGGCAAGAGUGGCAAGUCGCCCCGGAGAAGGGCUGCGUCCAUGGACAACAACAGCAAAUUUGCUAAGAGCCGAGGACGGGCUGCCAAGAAAAAGGCCUCUCUGCAGUCCGGGCAGGAGGGGCCUGGGGACAGCCCCGGGUCUCAGUUUGCUAAGUGGCCUGCCAGUCCUGGGUCCCACAGCAAUGAUGACUUUGAUAACUGGAGUACGUUUCGUCCUCGAACCAGCUCCAAUGCUAGUACCAUCAGUGGGAGGCUUUCUCCCAUCAUGACAGAACAGGACGACCUGGGCGAUGGGGAUGUGCAUUCCCUGGUGUACCCACCCUCCGCUGCCAAGAUGGCAUCCACCCUGCCCAGUCUGUCUGAGAUCAGCAAUCCAGAAAACAUGGAGACCCUCCUGGACAAUCUCAAUCUCCUCUCAUCCCCCACAUCUUUAACUGUGUCCACCCAGUCCUCGCCUGGCGGCAUGCUGCAACAGACACCUUGCUAUUCGUUUGCACCGCCAAACACCAGUCUAAAUUCACCCAGCCCGGACUACUCUAAGUACACGUACGGCCAGGCCAGCAUGAGCCCCUUGCCCCAGAUGCCUCUGCAGACACUUCAGGACGGCAAGGCCAGUUACGGAGGGCUGAGCCAGUAUAACUGUGCCCCAGGACUCUUGAAAGAGUUGCUGACUUCUGACUCUCCUCCCCACAAUGACAUUAUGUCACCAGCUGAUCCUGGAGUGGCCCAACCCAACAGUCGGGUCCUGGGUCAGAAUGUAAUGAUGGGCCCUAAUUCAGUGAUGCCAGCCUAUGGUGGCCAGCCGUCUCAUAACAAAAUGAUGAGCCCUGCUUCCCACACCCACCCUGGACAUGCACCGCAAACGUCCUCCGUCAAUGGCCGUGCCCUGCCCCAUGUGGUGAACACCAUGCCUCACACAUCUGCCAUGAACCGCUUGACCCCAGGGAAGACACCCUUACAAGUGCCUCUGUCCCACCCCAUGCAGAUGAGUGCCCUGGGCAGCUACUCUUCGGGGAGCAGCUGCAAUGGCUACGGUAGGGUGGGUGCCCUUCACCAGGAGAAGCUCCCAAGUGACUUGGAUGGCAUGUUUAUCGAGCGCUUGGACUGUGACAUGGAGUCCAUCAUUCGGAAUGACCUCAUGGAUGGAGAUACCUUGGAUUUUAACUUUGAUAAUGUGUUGCCCAACCAAAGCUUCCCACACAGUGUCAAGACUACAACACACAGCUGGGUGUCAGGCUAGGAGUGAGUGAGCAGGCUACGUUUAACAGUCCUUCAGAUUGUCUGACAGCGGAGCCGAGGAGCAGUCCAAAGAUGCCCUUCACCCCUCCUUUUAGUUUUCUUGAUUUAAAAAAAAAAAUCCUUUUUUCCUUUCAUCAGACUUGGCAACAGAAGUACUUUCCUGCACAGGAUGUUUGCCCAGCGAUCGCAGGUUAUGUGCUCCUGUAGAUAAGGACCGUGCCAUUGGGAAUCAUUACAAUGAAGUGCCAAACUCACUACACCAUGUAAUUGCAGAAAAGACUUUCAGAUCCUGGAGUGCUUUCAAGUUUUGUAUAUACGCAGUAGAUACAGAAUUGUAUUUGUGUGUGUGUGUUUUUUAAUAUCUACUUGGUCCAAGGAAAGUUUAUACUCUUUUGUAAUACUGUGAUGGUCUUAUGUCUUGAUAAACUUGGCUCUGUACUACCUGUGUUCUGCUAACGUGAUGAAUCAUGAACUAAGGUCUCCAUUCUGCGCCUCUGCUGGAUGGCUGAACCUGUUCAUCUUGCCACAGAAUUGGUAUGAGAACCAAGUAGCCGGUGAUCAAUCUGCUGAAUUAUGGACGUGUCAAACGUGCGGCAGAAAAGAUGGAGUGCUAGCUUUGUACAGGUCUUUUCUAUUAUUUUUGUUGUUGUUUAUUUUGUUAUUUGCAAAUUUGUACAAACACCUUAAAAUGGUUCUAAUUUCCAGAUAAAUGACUUUUGAUGUUAUUGUUAGGACUCAACAUUUUUUGGAGUAGAUACUGAAGUGUAAUGUUUUCUUAAAACUAGAGUCUACUUUGUUACAUUGUCUGCUUAUAAAUUUGUGAAAUCGGAGGUAUUUGGGGGCUGCAUUCAUAAUUUUCCUUUUGUAUUUCUAACUGGAUUAGUACUAAUUUUAUACGUACUCAACUGGUUUGUACACUUUGGGAUGAUACCUGAUGAUGUUUCUGACUAAUCUUAAAUCAUUGUAAUUAGUACUUGCAUACUCAACGUUUCUGACCACUUGGGCAGGAAAGUGAUGUAUAGUUACAGACACUCUGUUUUGUAUGUAGAUUUAUGUGUGUAUUUUACAGAAAUCUCACCUGCUUUAUUGCCCUGUGAAUCAUGUACAGUGCAUAGCACCAAGUCUUCAGAUAGGUGCCCUGUGCUUACAGCCCCUCUUGGGAGGCCCUGCCAGAUGCUGCCCCAUGUCACACUGUCACAGGUCCCAUGGGACGCCUCUGUCUGUGGCUCAGGAAAGGGGAACUUUAUCUGAGGUGAUAUUCUUUGUCUAACUGGGGUUGCGCUCCUACUCCGAGCUCUCGGCUUUUGCCCAGGAUGGAGAUGGCGUUAUAGCUGUGUCCUGAAGAAUCAUGUCACUUCUCAGUCCUCACCUCUGUUCUCUCUGGCUCUGAACAGUGUAAAUCUAAGGAGGAAGUUUGCAAAUAGGACUUCGGUGAUUUGUGGAGUGCCUUGUGCUCUUAAGUACAGACAGUGGCAGGAUUAGUUAAAAAUUGAGACAGUAAACUUGAAAACCAGCCAACUAAAAAUGUACAUUUAUUUUGAAAUCCUUAGCUUAAGAAUUUGAGAGGUUUUUGAACCUUGAGCAGACUAAUGUGUCUCAAACAUUUACGUUUUUAUACGGUCUAUUUACCUGAAAUCCUACCAGACCAGGAUAAUUGGUUUUGCUUCCCAUUCUGUCCAUCGGCAUUUCUGAGUCAUAUUGAAUACCUGAGUCUCCCGCAGUCUGAGAAAUAGAUACCUAGCAUCCCUUUCUGCCUUCUUGAGAAGGCCUGCUUUACAUGCAGAAACCCAACUUGCACUUGGGUUUUUUUUAGUAUGUUACUUAUCUUUCCCUUUGUGUGUGUGCGCGUGUGUGCGCGCUCGUGGUAACAAGAAUACAAUGUCCCUUUUGUCACUGUUGGCCAGCUUUGUUGUAAGCUCCCCUCCAUGACUGUCACUCUUUUAAAUGUAUUAAGUCACUGCUCCUCUGAGCACCUUUGUUUGGGCGCUCCAAAACAGGACUUGUUUUAGAAAUAAAUUCCUCUGAGCAAAGCCUCCUACAAAUGGAGUAGAAUUUACUGGUGUCAAAGAACUCAGGUCUCCCUCUCCUCCUCCACCUGCCGUUUCUUACCGUUUCUUACCAUUGCAGAAAGAGCCUCUUCGUGUAGUGCUGCAGCCCCGCUCAGUGGUCACCUGCUGAUGUCACGGAGGGACUUGGAGGUGUCCCUUCCUUCAGAAACUGAAAGUUUCAGCAGCAACCCCCAUUUUUCUUGGUGUUAAGAUCAUAGUGUGAAUCAUGGGUAGUUAUCUGGGGCACAGCGAAGUCCAGCAAAGACUUCUUAUCUGUUUUGAAAACAAACAUCAAACAUGUGACCUCUGAGAGUCCUUUUCUGUGGGAAUGUUCACUUUCUGGUAUAUUACUGUACAUGAUUGCUCUGUGAAGACUUCACCUAUGCAGCCUUGUUUGAUUUAUUUCCUUUGGUUUGUACUGUUGUUAAGAGCAUAUUGUAUUAUAGAGCUAUUUGGAUAUUUUAAAUAUAAAGAUGUAUUGUUUCCAUAAUAAAGAUGUAAGGAAUAUAUUUAGGUGAUAGAUGUACGACUUGGAAAGUUCUGCUUGGACAAACUGAGUCUAAGUUAAUUAGCAAAUAUUAUAUCCUGGUGAGCAGUAAAUCCUGGAACCUGACAGUAAGAGGAUAAAGUCACUUAAAAUGGAAGCAGUCCCCCACAGGGGUACAAUUUGAACCUGUUCAACUGUUUAAUUUAUGGUGUCCCUUCACCCCCCCCCCCAAAAAAAAAAAACCUUGAAGUUCUUAGUUUUCAGCUCUCAAAAGUUACUGAUUUUAAGUGAAAAGUUUUUCUGUGGUUUCAACUGGGGAGUAAUUGUUCAGUAUAGUGUGCAUUGUGCUUUAUGCAAACAAAACAGUCUGCCCCUGUGGCCAGGGAUCGACAACCUUGUAAGUGCCAUCAGGAUAGAGUCCCACCCUCCACACACUUCCCCACUAGAGUUGAGUAACUGUGCAGAAGCCUUGUUCCUGUUCCAGUGCUAUCUGAGAAGUGCCUGAUGAUGAUUUACUUACACGUACAAGAACAAUCCUUACUAUAAAUUGUAUAAAGCCAUAAAUGUACAUAAAUCAUC